GUCAGUCUCACCCGCACUAACUUGGAACAAUUCCAAAACAUCCUCGACCUGGACUAAGCCAAAGUCCCGUGCGUGCGCAGCGCACGGCCGCGGCCGCGUUACAGCCUCGUCGGAUAAGCAGCGACACGAUGAGCAGCGUGUACGGUGUCACAAUGCAGUGGACCCCUGACCAGCCGCAGUGGGCAGAGCAGUAUUAUGACAUAACUUCCACCACACGCUCUCCGGCGCAUAAGUUUGAGGUUUACGGGCCUCAAAGGUUAACAAGCUCAUCUUCCACCAGGGCAUACCAGCACUCGUGGGCUAACGAUGACAUCUCAGCCCUGACUGCCUCCAACCUGCUGAAAAGAUACGCGGAACGAUACUCUUCCAUUUUGGAUCUACCCUGCGAGAGUGGACUUAUGGGAUACCCAGAUCCUACCAUUUCUGCUAGCGUGAAUGGACCUAAUGUCGUCAAUGGAGCCCCGCCCCUCCUCAACGGCCGGAAACUGGAGGUGGAGCCUUGGCUGGAGGGCGUGUACCCUCCAUUGGCGUGCGUCCCCGAGCUCGUUCCCAAAGCUCCGCUGAGCGUGUCGGACUUGUCCACAAGUGUGUGUAGCUCCCCGGGCGUUGGGAUGCCCGAGCCCAGCUUCUCCAGCACCAGCUGCAGCAGUCAAAACAGUGUCCAGGAGUACAGCAGCACUCUGUACAGCGCCCCCUACCUGCAGUCUGUGGCUACCUACAACGGUCCCCUCCUCCACCCGGUAGCCUCUCAUCCUGGCUUGGUGCCAGCCUACAGUACCAACACCUCACCUAGCCUGCCUACCUAUGGGUACCCGAGUGCAGGCUACCCCUCGCAGGGUAGCCUCUCACAGGGCUACAGCGCCCCCUCUCCUCCUACCGCCUGCCUCUCUGCCGGCAUCGCACCGGCUACGCCCCUGCCGGCAUCCAGCAUGGGCGGCUACUCUUACCCAGCACCCAGCCUGGCCCCGGUCGCCCCGAGUUCCCCGGGCGAUGUCUCCCCCAACACCAGCGGCCUCGGCAAGGCCUAUUUCUCUGGGCAGAGCGACCUGAGGGCGUUCGAGGAGUUCGGUUUCGGCGGCACGUCUAGUUCGGAAAGUCUGUCGGCAAACAGCUCCUUCUACAGGCCACCAGGGGGCAGAGAAGGGCCCAAAGGGAAUGGGUUCGAGCAGGGGACUGGCGGCGCGUUCAAACCAGCCAAUCACAGCGACUCUCUCAGAAGCCUCGAGUCUCUCGCGGCAACCACGAGGGAGCACAGCAGCGCGACCCGGCAGGGCUUCGCGACUGCUUCCUGCUCGGCCGCCUCAUCGAACACGUACCCGUCCACCACGCCGCGCACACACCUCUGCCUGGACACACACACGCCCUGCUGAGUCUCCCCUCCUCGUCCCUCUUUGCAGGUGGCACUUAAAGGAUUUUGAGCUGUGUGCUUGCGUGUGGGCUCUUAGGAGGGGCGGGUGGCUCCCCCUGCUGGUCUGGAGUGUAGGAUUCGCGUGUGCGAGGCUACAGAGGUUGUACAGAGGUACAAGGCCUUAAAGCUGGAAUGGACCGACACACACAUGUUGGUACGUGGAGUCACAUGGUUUGGGUGGCACAGUGUCACAGAAUGAGAAGGGAUCUGGAUUAGACUGGACCAGAGGUACCAAACAAGUCUGCUUCUGGCACCUUACUCCUUUUGGCUGGAGCACACACACUCAUACACACACACACACACACAUACACAGGAGCACACACCACAGUGAAAGCCCUACCCAGAAAUACUCCCUCCCCCCUCAUCUGCACAGUGGAACGAACGGACAGAUCGGCACACACACUGCUUUGACAGCUGAAAGGUUGCGGAGUAUGCGAAAGGGGGGGACAGAUAUAUGAACGAAUGCACCGGAGUGGUGGAGAAGCAUUAUACUGUAGCUACCAUGGACAACGGGAGGCGUGACAGCACACUUCCCCAUUCUAACCCUGGACUGCACAGGUUUGUGUUUUCCCUGGAUCAACACACCGCUUUUUCUUCCAGAAGGGUUUGGUGUGCAGCCAGCGGGUUAAAUCGGGUGUGUUAGUCCAGCGAGGACGAACUGUGCAGUGGCAGACUUUCCCAGGUCUUUUUGCGGCUGAGCUAAGAGAAUCCAUGUCCAUGUCAACAGCCUAAAGAGUACAUGUACAAAAUCCGCUGCGUGCGUGUAAAGGUACGGAUGUGUGUUUGUGGUUUUGUGUGGGUUAUGAAGUCUAAAAUCAGAUCCAUUGUUGCCACAGGAGACCAGACAUCCUCUAGCCUUUCAAACUGCAACAUUAUUCCUCAGACCAGUGUGUGUGUGUGUGUG